ACCCUAACCAAGAAUCAACCCAUCACAAAAAACAGUCUCCCCCUCCCACCUCCCCACCCCACCUCCCCCCACAUUCCUUCCAUCUCUCUCUCUAUGUCCCCUUGCAUAAGCCUCCUCUUCUUCCAUAACCAAAGAGAGAGUUCCAUCAUUAAAUGCUCUCUCUCUCCGAGCUCUUCAAAGUUUGCAUCUUUUUCAUGUCUUCAAUCAACCACCACCUUCUUUUCUCUUGUUUGCUCUGGACCUGGUCUCAAACCCUUCUAACUCUUAUCAUAAGGCCUGUCGUUUUUGUUGCUUCGUUAGCCUUCCUAGUCCAGAAAGGAGACAACUUUAACACCGAUUAUACCUCAAAGCUUUUUUCGCUCUUUCUAGGUUCUCAAGCUCUGGUUUCUGCACAACAUGAGCGACUCUAAGAAGGUACUGGUAUUUGGCUCAUUCACUGAAGAUGAAACGAAAUCGUUGCUGGGAAAGCAAUCAGCUGGCAAAGUUGAAAAGCCGGCAGAGAAGAUAGAACUGCGAUUUGGGUCUUUGAAUUUUGGAACCGGAAUAACUUUUGGUAAUUUUGAUACCACAUUGAAUACGCAAUUGGCUUCUGCUAAUGGAAAUGUUACUUUUCAGUCUAGGAGUUCAGUUAUGAAGGAAAAAGAUGUGAAGGUUGCCAAGAAAGGUGAUGGGGUGUUAGGAAGUCCUCGAGAAAAUGGAAACAUAGGCAAUUCGAGCCAUGGUUCUUCCCUCAGUAAUGGUGUGGAUGUCUUGAAAACUGAGAGUAUUGAUUUAACAUCUUUGCACUUGUCUGAGAAGGAAGAUGGCCCUGCAAGUCCAUUGCAAAGUUCGAGCUUUCAUGUCCUUGAUAGUGAAGGCAUUAAGGAUUGGGAUCAUGAUAGUGAAGGCAUUAAGGAUGGGGAUCCUGAUAGUGAAGGCAUUAAUGAUUGGGAUCAUGAUGGGACUAGCAAUGAUUCGUCAAUACAUGCGAGAAAAGAGGAUGUGUGGAAAGCAACUGAUGGGCCUCUUCCUGCUGUUAAGAGUUUGCUACCCCGUGGCCUGAUUAACACAGGGAAUCUUUGCUUUCUUAACGCGACCCUGCAGGCGCUCUUGUCCUGUUCGCCUUUUGUGCAGCUAUUGCAGGAGCUUAGAAUCCGUGACAUCCCUAAGGUUGGCUUUCCUACAUUGACUGCAUUUGCAGAGUUCGUCUGUGACUUUGACAUGCCAACCAGUUCAAGCAUGAAAAAAGAUUUUGUUGAGACUGGUCGGCCUUUUCGUCCUGCCAUGUUUGAAGCUGUUCUUAAAAAUUUCACCCCAGAUGUGCCAAAUAGCAUAUCAGGACGGCCAAGGCAGGAAGAUGCUCAGGAGUUCCUGAGUUUCAUCAUGCAUCAAAUGCAUGAUGAAUUACUUAAGCUUGAAGGACAAUCCUCUGGUACAAAUGGUUUUAAAACCUCUGUAGUUUCUUCUACAGAAGAAGAUGAAUGGGAGACAGUUGGGCCAAAAAACAAAUCUGCAGUGACUAGAACACAAAGCUUCAUUCGUUCUGGGUUAAGUGAUAUUUUUGGAGGACAGUUGAGAAGUGUUGUUAAGGCAAGAGGAAACAAAGCUUCUGCAACAGUUCAACCAUUUUUGUUGCUCCACCUUGAUAUUCACCUUGAAGUUGUUCGCACUAUUGAGGAUGCACUCCAUCUGUUCUCUGCACCUGAAAAUCUUGAAGGGUACCGGACUUCUGCAAUUGGGAAGGGUGGUGUGGUGGCUGCAAGAAAAUCUGUCAAAAUACAGACACUUUCAAAGAUAAUGAUAUUGCACUUGAUGCGUUUUAGUUAUGGAAGCCAAGGGAGUGCCAAGUUGCUCAAGCCUGUGCACUUUCCUCUUGAAUUCAUUCUGAGUCGGGAAUUACUAGUUUCCCCAUCGACAGAGCAUUUACAGAGCCGAAAGUAUGAACUAGUUGCCACAGUAACUCAUCACGGAAGGGAGCCUUCAAAAGGUCAUUAUACAGCUGAUGUGCGCCAUGCCAAUGGCCAGUGGCUACGUUUCGAUGAUGCAUCUGUCACUGCCAUCACAACGAGUAAGGUUUUGCAUGACCAGGCUUACGUCCUCUUUUACAAACAAGUUUAGAGGGCGGUGGAGGAUUUUUGUCAUUAAUUCACUAUGUAAAAAGAAGAAAUCUUCUGCAUUCCGGUAUUGAAUGGGCAAGUUAUUGCUUACGUAUCAGCAGACACUUCGAUGGAGGUCAGAAAAUGCUAAUACCCAAGGCGAAUGGAAAUAAUAGCUGUUGUAGUGAUUUUUCUACGUUUUCAGCUUUAUAUUGUGAAUGAAACUGAUGUAAUCUCAUAUGGAAAUCACAAAAUCAUAUGGAACUCCUUGCUAUUUAAUUUAGAGAAUGAUUCAUAUUAUGAA